GUUGAGCUCAUUCGGAGAACUUAUGCUUCUGGAGGACUGGACCUUUCCGAGACCGAGUACGUGGAAGCUCACGGAACCGGCACACUAGUCGGUAAUCCAAUCGAGGUUUCCGCGAUUAGAGAGGUUUUCAGACCUCAUAGAUCUAGCCCGCUCUGGAUUGGGUCUGUGAAGAGCAAUAUUGGCCAUCUCGAGGGUGCUAGUGGCCUGGCGGGUUUGCUCAAGACAGUCUUCUCGCUCGAGAGAGCCAUUAUACCUCCCAUCGCGGACUUUGAAAAGGUGAACCCAGCAAUCGACGUCAAUGCGCUAGGCGUUCAGUUUCCAACGCGCUCUACGGCUUGGCCUGCCACUCCUUCUGGGAUCCGCCGGGCUUCAGUCAGCUCGUUCGGAUAUGGCGGAUCUAAUGCACAUGUCGUAUUGGAUGAUGCAUACAACUAUCUUCGGAUUCGAGGCCUUACUGGAAACCACCUAUCCGUGGCCAAGUCUAAUGACUCUUACAAGCCAUGUGUUGCGAACAGCAGCACCUCAAUUGGAACAGUCGAAGAUCAGGCCCCAGACGCCGGCAUCUCUGAUUCUGUUUCAGAUGUUUCUGAUGAUAGUGGUGUCAUCAUUGGCUCUGAAGACGAUGCUGAGCAUAGCUCCAUCUCGCUUCUCACAUUCUCAGCCGCCGAUGAGGAUGGUCCACGAAGACAGGCCUCGGCGUUGCAAGAUCACGUCGCUACCCAGCGAAUGUCGCGAAAGAGAGCACAGAGAGUUUUCCUUGCCGACCUAGCCUACACACUCUCUCAGAAGAGCAUACUCAAUUGGAGAGCAUUUGCAGUGGUCAAGUCGGAAGCGAACAUGGGCAACAACCUCGCAGAGAUCCUCUCCCCCAUUACGUCAGUCUUGUCAUCGAAGAGGCCAGAGCUCAAUUUCGUCUUCACAGGCCAGGGAGCUCAGUACCCGCGCAUGGGUCUCAAGCUGAUGCGUUACGAAGUAUUCCGGCAGAGUCUGAUGGACUGCGACGAGUAUCUGCGGUCUCUUGGUUGCGAAUGGUCCGUCCUCACAGAGCUUCGGAAGGCCCCGGGAUCGUCCAGAAUUCAAAAGCCUGAAAUUUCACAGCCCCUUUGUACCGCUCUACAGAUUGCCACUGUCGACCUUCUCCGAAACUGGGAUAUCAUACCACAAUCCGUAUGCGGCCACUCAUCGGGUGAAAUCGCGGCAGCAUAUUGUGCUGGAGCCCUUGGUCGCCAGUCUAGCUGGAAGAUUGCAUACUUUCGAGGCGUCUUGGCAGGUCGAUUGGCAUCUGAUGCGUCUCGGAGCAAGACGACGAUGAUGUCUGUUGGCCUCGGCGAGGCAGCCGUACGCCCCUAUCUUUCAAACAGGCUCUCGAUAGCUUGUAUCAAUAGUCCAGCCAAUGUGACGAUUUCAGGGCCGACUAAAGAGAUCCAGCUCCUGUUUGAGAGACUGGAGAAGGAAGAGAUCUUCGUCAAAAGACUUCCUGUUGAUGUUGGAUAUCACUCUCCGGCCAUGGAAGUUGUCGCAGCCGAGUAUCAAGAUCGAAUCCGUGAUAUUGGCGCACCUACUGGCUCAGCCGCCGAGAGGUUACGCAAGGAGUCUCUCGUAUCCUUCUACUCCUCAACCGAGGGAAACCUCACAUCUUUCGAGGCUGUGACGAACCCUUCGUAUUGGGUAAAGAACCUUGUCUCUCCAGUUCUCUUCUCAGGUGCUCUCGAAGCCAUGACCGGAUCGAAACAUGGAGGGCAACACUUCCUCGUAGAAAUCGGUCAGCAGUCAGCUCUCAGACGACCUGUGCAAGAUACCUUGACUCCUCACCUCGGCAAUAAGGCUGCUAAGAAAUGGCAGUACGUCAGCGUAUUGAAGCCCAACGUCGAUGAUGAUCGAUCAUUGAUGGAGGCUCUCGGCAGUCUCUGGGCAGCAGGCAUCCCGAUUUCUUUGUCCAAGCCAAACCAGGAGUCGACUCAAAUAUCGCGGAAACCGAAGAUUCUGGUGGACCUUCCUUCAUACCCCUUCAGUCGGUCUCGGGAGUUCUGGGAGGAGAGCAGGCUGAGUCGCAACUACGCAAAGCGUCCGUGCCGUAGGCAUGCUCUUCUGGGCAUCAGAGACCGUGACUGGAAUCCCGAAGAGGGAAGUUGGAGGCACUUGAUCCGAUCCCAAGAGAACCCUUGGAUCCUGGAUCAUGCCUUGAACGGCUCACCGCUGUAUCCCGGCUCGGGUAUGCUUGUCAUGGCCAUCGAAGCCGCCCGUCAACUUGCCACACCAGUUGAAAAUCGCAUCCGCGGCUAUCAGCUAGACAACGUACGCUUUUUGAGAGCCAUUGAUGUAGACGACUCAGAGCGCGGCACAGAAGCAAAGAUUGUGAUGCGGCGCCGUCGACAGGCCACCAACACAAGCGGACAACAGCUCUGUUACGACUGGCGGGUUUUUGGGACCAAUGGCGACGACUGGAACGAAUGCGCUUAUGGAAGCAUCAAAGUCGAACUUGAACCGGAGCAAGCCUUGGGAUCCGAACAGGCCGCCGCUUCUGAGGCACGUCGGUCCCGCUUCGAGACGUCUAUCAAAGAGCAACUUCAGGCAGACGUCGACAAAUGCCGUCUGGUCGUGCACCCCAGCCAAUUGUACAAGAACAUGUCCCAGCGAUCAGGCUUCGAUUACGGACCGUACUUCCAGUUGCUGAAGAACAUUUCCUACGAUAGGGAAGGUCAUGCUACAGCCAUGCUGUCAGCGAGAGAUUACACUUCAAGCAUGCCGUACGCUGGAGAAGACCCGUGCGUGGUUCAUCCGAGCACGUUGGACGCAGUUUGUCACCUUCAGAUGGUCGCCCUAUCUCAAGGUGGAUGGAACGCCGUCCCUACGAUGAUGUUCUCGCACCUGCGAAAUUCAUGGGUGUCGCAAAAACUGUUCGUGGCACCUGGGAACCCCCAGCUGCGAGUUGCAACUCGAGAGACUAUGCGCGCUGUCCGAGAAGCUGAGUGCAGGACACUGGUCACCUUUGCCGAUUCCAAUGAGCCCGUUCUCGUCCUGGAUGGUCAGCGGGGUACAGCCAUCACAAGUCUCAAGUCAGCCGACACAGCUGCUACUUCACAAGGCGAUUGGGGCCAGAAGUUCUAUGGUCUCGAUUACAAACCCGACCUGUCUCUCCUGACUGUAGAUGCCAAGAGUCGCUACUUCGCGGCUGCGUUCAAAGAGGAUACCCGAUGCCGCGCCCCUCCGAGAGAGCUCAUCGAUCGUGCCGAUGCUAUUGCUCUGCACUUCAUCGAGGCGGCUCUGGAGCAAAUUGACAAGGAAGAUAAGCCGCUGCAAUUCGAUAAUCACCUGGCUCGGUAUGUCAAGUGGAUGCGGCGCGUACACCUGAAUCGGGAUACAUGGACGCUAGAGUCCCGGGGCCUAAGUCACCUGCGUAUCGAGGAGAUCUUGGAUGAAGCCGAAGGCGAGCCUACGCAGAGACUUACCAAGAAGGUUGGCGAGCAUCUGCACAGCAUCCUCAAAGGAGAAGUAAACGCGCUCCAGGUCAUAUUCGAGGGCAAUCUGGCCAACGAAUUUUAUCACUCUGACAUCUUUGCAACGAAUAAUAGCAAGAUGGGAGCGUACAUCAACGUCCUAGCCCACGCGAAUCCAAAACUUCGUUUGUUGGAAGUCGGAGCUGGAACCGGGAGCUCGACCGGCCGGAUUCUCCCUUACCUGGCUGCGCAAGGGGUUGAAGGUGGUCCUCCAGAGGCUGUACGCUUCGGUGAAUACUGCUACACAGACAUCUCGGCUGGUUUCUUCGAAAAGGCGCGCGAGCGUUUCUCCUACGCGGCAAGCCACAUGACGUUCAAGAAGUUGGAUCUUGAGAAGCAUCCCAACGUACAAGGGUUCGCCGAAGGGACUUAUGAUGUCGUCGUUGCAGGCAAUGUGUUGCAUGCCACAAGCGACUUGAUACAGACACUUCGGUAUGUCAGAGGUCUUCUACGGCCUGGCGGUGUGCUUGUACUGGGCGAAACAGUCAACCUGGACAACGUCCGUGAUGGCCUCAUUUUUGGCCUGUUGCCUGGCUGGUGGCUACGUGAAGGACAGUGGUGGUCUACCAAUAAAGAGUACCAAGACCAAGGCCCCCUUUUGACGGAAGAGCAAUGGACCACGGUUCUCAAGGAGGCUGGUUUCCCUGGAAUCCAAAUGGCUUUCCGCGAUCAUGAACAAAAGCCACAUCACCGACGAUCCAAACCUCUGUGGCCGAGUCGCUCCGAAGCCACCUUGUCUCAGGCUCUCAGCCGGGGGGGGGCAGACAUAUCCAGCAUAGUGGACAUUUCAUCAGGAGAUACCAAAUUGAACGGAGAUGACGCAGUCAUCAGCUUGUUAGAGCUCGAUGCUUCAGUAUUAUCAUCCGUCGCCGCGAAGGAGUUCGAAGCCAUCAAGAAGAUUUCCCUUGAUACCAGGUUCACGCUUUGGUUAACUUAUGGAGGAGCUCCAAAGGCCACCAAUCCCGCAGCCGAGGUCGCCAUCGGAUUCGGCCGGAGUGUCUGUUCAGAGAGAGGAGACCAAGGUUUCGUGACUUUGAACUUGUCCUACCGGCCUGAGACCCCUACGGCUGUCACUAGCGCCGUCGACAGUAUCGUGCGUGUUGUUGAGAGAUUGCACAACGUUUCUUGCCCUGGUACCGACAACGAGUCCGAGUUCUCGGAAGACAAUGGCUUGAUCUGCAUUCCUCGCCUUAUGCCUACACCUCAUAUGGAUCAAGCGCUUUCCAUGAAGCAAAGUGGCGACAGGCUCAAGUCGUUCACAUUCAACAGGGAUGUUCCGAAGCCGCACAUCAGUAUCACUAUUGAAACCCCUGGGCUUCUUGACACCAUCUUCUACACAGAGAACGCUGAGGCGGACAAGGAGCUCCAGGCGGGUGACAUUGAGAUCGAAGUCAAGGCAACCAGCAUGAACUUCAAGGAUGUCAUGAUUGCUCUGGGGCAGAUUCCUGGGCGAAGCUUCGGAUUUGACGGCGCUGGCGUUGUCUCUAGAGUCUCGCGGGAGAGUAAUCUUUGCCCAGGCGACUCGGUGUUGUUCUGCAGCUCUACUGGAGGAGGCUUCGGAACAUUUGUGCGCUGUCCUGAACUGCAAACAGAGAAGCUCCCUACAGGCAUGUCUUUCCAAGCAGCUGCCGCAAUUCCGGCUGUGUGGUCUACAGUGGUGUACUCUCUCGACCACAUUGCACGUCUCAGCCGUGGUGAGACUGUUCUCAUCCACGCAGCCGCUGGAGGUGUCGGACAGGCAGCUGUGCAACUUGCUCAGUUGCGGGGUGCCAAAGUCUUUGCGACCGUGGGAAGUCAGACGAAGCGUGAGCUUGUCAAGCAGCUCUUUGGACUCUCGGACGACCAAAUCUUUAACAGCCGUGAUGAAACUUUUGCCCAAGAUGUGCUUCACGCCACGGAAGGCCGAGGCGUGGAUGUGGUUCUCAACUCACUAGGCGGCGAGCUCCUUCGUCAGUCUUGGGAAUGCAUCGCACCCUUCGGUCGCUUCAUCGACAUUGGCAAAGCGGACAUCAUCGCUAACAAUACUUUGCCGAUGGGACCAUUUAAUCGAAAUGUGACGUUCUCUGCGGUUGAUCUAGUCGUAGUUCAUGAAGAGGCAAAGCCUCUCAUGAAGAAGAUCCUGCAGGAUGUCACAAGGCUGUUCGAGGAGAACCCUCACCUACACGAACCCAAGCCGCUUCACGUAUUCUCACCUUCAAAGCUCGAGGAUGCAAUGCGCUUCCUCCAGGGCGGGAAGAAUACAGGCAAAGUCAUCAUCGACUACGCUUCCGCGACCGACACAGUAGAGUACCGACCUUCGCAGCUUCAGCACGGGUACAACUUCGACGCGAAUGCCACGUACGUUAUCAGCGGCGGCCUGGGUGGACUUGGUCGUGAGAUUGCUCGGUGGAUGGUCUCGCGCGGAGCCCGGAACCUACUUCUCCUCUCCUCACGUGGUGUCGCAGGACGACCAGACGCUCUCAAGCUUAUUCAAGAACUCGAAGCCACCGAUGGAGUCACAGUGCUCGCGCCGACGUGUAACGUUGUCGACCGGGGAGCGGUCGAGGAUACCCUCCUGAAGGCAUCACGAGAGCUUCCACCGAUCAAGGGCUGCAUACAGGCCGCCAUGGUACUCCGCGAUGACAUGCUUGCCAAAAUGUCUCAUUCAAUGUUCCAUGAGACUCUCGGUCCUAAGCGCGCUGGAUCAUGGAAUCUGCACCAGCUCCUGCCCGACGACAUGGACUUCUUUGUCUUGCUCUCGUCAUUCUGUGGCAUCAUGGGCAAUCGUGGACAGAGCAACUAUGCAGCUGGAAACGCAUUCGAGGAUGCUCUCGCGCGUCAUCGAGUGGCACAAGGCCUCAAGGGCGUCUCGGUCGACUUGGUGCUCGUCGCUGAGGCCGGUUGGGCCAAUGUCAACUAUGAGUCCGUGACGCAAAGCCUCCGCGCCGGUCAUGACAAUCUCACACAGGCACAGCUGAUGGAGUUGCUUGAUUUGCUCUGCGACCCAAGCUACGACUGCGCAAAGCCUGGCGCAGCUCAGAUCGUCAACAUGGUGGACAGCGCGGCGGACCUGGCGCGCAUGACACAACAAGGGCUCUUGGAUUGGAUGCAGAAGCCCAUGUUCAGCAACCUUCUCCGUAUGGGUGAGACCGAGGCUAGUGGCAAUGGCCGUGGGGCCGGUGGAGGCAAUGGUGAUGGAAGCGACGACGUCAACCGGCUGGCUUUGGUGAAAGCGGCGCCUGACUUGUCGACUGCCAGCGAGAUCGUAACACAGGGUCUCGUACAAAAGCUGGCCAAGUCGCUGUCUGUGCCGAUUGAGACGCUUGACGUCGGGAAACCGGCGUACGUUGUUGGUGUUGAUUCCUUGAUUGCGGUUGAGGUUCGGUAUUGGUUCAUGAAACAGCUCCUUGUUGAGGUGCCUGUAUUCGAGAUUCUCAAGAACCAGAGUAUCACGGAUCUGUGUCAGCAGGUGGCUUCCAAGGUUCUGCAAAGCAGCUCGAAGUAG